GGAGCCUUUGCGCACUGCCACCUCAAGAAUGUCCCCAAGACCAAAUCAUGACUCCAUACAACAUCCCUUGUAGGUUUCCCAAACCUUGUCCGAACUGCUGCGACACCCUUGGCUUCUUGGCCCAGAAUAUGUCGGCCGCAGCACCUAGAUAAACGAGUUCUAGUCCCACGGCCCCCUCGGCUACUUUCACUCGGUAAGCCUGUGUCGCGUGCUCACCUUCCAGAGAUGCUCGCCGGCGCAAAGACGGUAAACAGCCUCGCUGGAGGCGUCAGGCAUGUUUCCAAGCGACUUGUCGCUUCCUACAUCUUUGACUGGAUUCUCAUAUUAUGCACGGCGGCUGUUGGCGGCGGCUUCAGCCAGAUCGAUGGAAACAGACACGCCUUCUCGUUACAAGACCCCAGCAUAUCGUAUCCUUACCAUAAAGACACCGUUUCCACAGGGGUGCUGGUCAUUGUCGGCCUCGUCGCGCCUGGCGUCAUCACAGCAAUCGUCUCAUUGCUCUUCGUCCCUGGCCCGACGGCCAACAGAUUCACGCCCAAAGCACUGACAUGGCGUCGGAAGAUAUGGGAAUGGAACACUGCGUGGAUGGGCCUUGGACUGGCACUUGCAGGAGCGUUUAUGAUUACAGAAGGUCUGAAGGAUCUGACGGGAAAACCGCGACCAUUCAUGCUUGCUGUAUGCGACCCAGACACCAGCCCCGAAGCGAUUCGAAAGUACCAGAUCGGCGGACUUGGUGCCUCGCUCAGCUCGGCUGUCCCGAUUGUGGUGGACUCGCGCAUCUGUCGGAACACGGACAAGAGCCGUAUGCGCAAUGCCUUUGCUAGCUGGCCCUCAGGCCACUCGAGCUUCAGCUGGGCCGGUCUGCUCUAUCUCACCUUCUUCCUCUGCGCCAAGUUUGCCGUGCAUAUUCCAUUUCUGCCUCAGACAUCUACCUCGUACAGCCGCAGGUAUAUCUCGACCUUUGACGAAGAAAUCGAGCUUGUCCAGAACUACCAGGCAUCUAAGGAAUCCUCCACAUUGUCGAAUGCCUCGAAUACUCGGCGUCCAGCCCCAAUCCGCAAUGAAGCCGCUGCGCCGCCGAUAUAUCUGUUGAUCCUGGCGUUUGUGCCGGUUGGCGUUGCGGCCUUUAUCUCGGUAUCACGAUGGUUUGAUUACAGACACCACGGCCUCGACAUACUCUCCGGCUCACUCAUCGGUAUCUUCAUGGCCUGGUUCGGCUUUCGAUGGUACCAUUUGCCUAUUCGUGGAGGGAGCGGGUGGGCUUGGGGUGCCAGGAGUCGCGGUCGCGCUUUUUGGGUGGGAGUCGGCCGUCCCAAUUAUGUCGGAGACGAAGGAUGGGAAUCAGCAAGGGCGGCACAUCAACAUGACCUGGAAGCCUCGUACCAACAGCACAUGACCGGACCCGGCCUACCUGAUCAGCGUGAUGGGACAGCAACAGAAGCACCAAACGGAGAAGCUAUGCAGAUGAACGGUCUACAAGCCGGAACCGACAGAGGGAGAACUGUGGGCGUCGUAUGAGCAAAGGCCAGAUUUCGAUGAAGGGUUAUUCAUGAAGAUUAUGUUGCGUUGACGAGGGUGUGGGCGGCUAGUGUGCUCAGAGCAUCGACCGGCAUAACGCAUGGCCCUGUCUCUCAGGCAAUUGAUACCGCGCCUCUCUUGCUCAGAGGAGCACCAUACUAUGUUGCUCGCCGAGCACCGCCCAAUACCAAGAAAAGCUCGUCCACUACCACCUUACUUAGCGGGACAUAUUUGCCUUUGUACGAUAAUUGAACGGCGAAAUUGCACCAGGCUGGCACCAGCCAUUCCUUGCGGACAGACAAAUUAAUGAUUAGGAGUACUACUAUGCUCGAUGCUGCCA